AUUCAGUUCGUCUGAGCUGUUGUCGUUUAGACAUCAUUUCUGCGUUCCAAGUCCACAUUCUGCUCUACCUCACAUUCCUUAUCUUCCAUCCUCUCAUCGUCGUCGAGUUUCCGAUGAGAACCUAAUUUCCCACCAAAAAAAAAAAAUGAACACUUUGAUUUCACCGGCUUCUUCAAACCGUUACCUUUCGGGGUUCCCUUACCCUUUUCCCUCUCCGGUCCUAAGCAACAACACCAACCUUCAAAGGUUCCAAUGUACCCUUCCAACGAUUAGAACCAACUUCUUGUCGCACUCUCUGGUUCGCGGCACACUCUCUGCACGUGCCACUUCCGAUGAAAUCGACACACAAACAGUGGAUGAAGAACUUGCAGAGGAGAUGAAAGUGGAACCCAACGCCAACGAGGGAAGCACAUCCACUUUUUCUGCUCCAAUCGACAAAGAGCUUAAAAAGGUUGCUCAGAAGACUGCUGCUACCUUUGCACCAAGGGCUUCCACAGCUACAAAAAACCCUGCAGUACCAGGAACUGCAUUGUACACUGUUUUUGAGGUUCAAGGGUAUGCAUCAAUGUUGUUAGGUGGAGCUUUGUCUUUUAAUCUCAUAUUCCCCUCAGACGAACCUGACAUUUGGAGAUUAAUGGGAAUGUGGUCUAUUUGGAUGUUCACAAUCCCUUCAUUACGAGCUCGAGAUUGCUCAAAGAAUGAGAAAGAAGCUCUCAACUAUCUUUUUCUCCUCAUCCCAUUGCUCAAUGUUUUAAUCCCAUUCUUUUGGAAGUCCUUUGCUGUUGUUUGGUCGGCAGAUAUAAUAGCCUUUUUUGGAAUGUAUGCGUGGAAGUUUGGGUGGCUUCAGAAAACGGACUAGGGAACCCAACCUGGUGGUUAACUACUACUAUCAAGGCUUGCUGGUUCUUGACUUUCUUUUGGAUCUGAAUUAUAUAUGACACACAGCAAAUGCGAUGCAAUAUUUCUUGGAGAAUUUCAGGAUCCCCAAGACCAAGAUGAAUGAAUUGUGUUAAAAUUCCAGUAGCUUUGUACCUACUAGAGGAGCAAGAUACCAUCCUUGCAUUUCUUUUAUUAUCAAAUGAAGAAAAUGAUAUAGGGUCUCUGAAAGUUUUGAAUUUUGAUAAUUUGUAGUGCCGUGUAUUGCUGAAAAUAUUGAAAUCCCCAGUGCCAUCAAUACCCUCCCAAAGAUGAAACGUAAUUUAACCUUGGUUUAUAGGACAUAUAUUUUGUUCACUUAGAUUUUUUUAUUUUUUAUUUUUUUGAAAACUGUAUCACUUAGAUUUUAGAUG